CAAUAAACAAAUAUUACACUACAAUAUACAAAUAUACUAUCAUACAAAAUACAGCAGUUAAAAAAAAACUAUUAAAAAGGCGAUUAAAUUAAGAAGAUUGCAAGCUGAUCAGCGAAAGGAAAAGGGCGCCCCAAUUUCACUGAUAUUCGUCUGAAGUUUUGACAAUUUGACGCCUGGAGUUUCUAGCGGAAUAGUAGCCGAAGAAAUUUUACAAAGAUAUAGUUAAAAAGGCGAACGUUAAAACUGUUAAAUAAAAUAAAGACAACCAAUUUCCCAGCUUUGAUUGCAGUGGAAGCGAAAGAAGCCCACAACAGCAAUAUUGGCAAUAUCAGCAGCAGUGUUUGCAAUCGGGUCUUGAUAGUACGCAGUGGCUAGCGCGGAAGUACUGAAACAUUGGGUAAAAGUAAAUGCAGAGACGCUUAUCAUCAGGCGGUUAUUAUGAAAGGAAAUCUAUACAAAAUGUCUCGUAAUAAGGAGAAAUACGAGAGUGCAAAUAGACGACAACAGAUUUUUAUGUCUGCAGAGGAUGUGGCUGCUGGUAAAAAAUCAUCUUGGACCGGUAUUGAGAUAACAGGGUGUGUUCGUAAUAUUAGUCCAUCUUUGUGGGAGUUCGAACACUUGACAGCUUUGUAUCUCAAUGACAAUCAGCUCUUACGCUUGCCUGCCGAUAUUGGUUUGCUCAGCAAUUUACGUACACUGGAUCUAUCAAGCAAUAAGUUGCGUAGUUUGCCGGCAGAAUUGGGCGAGCUUAUACAGCUGAGAGAGCUUCUUUUAAACAACAAUUACUUGCGAGUUCUCCCCUAUGAAAUCGGCAAGCUUUUUCAUUUGCACGUUCUGGGUUUAAUGGGAAAUCCCUUACAAAAAGAAUUUCUUUCAAUCUACAAUGAGCCAAAUGGCACUCAGAAACUAUUAACAUAUAUGCUAGACAAUUUAUCGGUUUCGAUAACACCUCCGCCACAGCGUCCAUGGAUACCAUUAGCCAAACCGAACAAAUCAAGGCCUGCUUGCAUCUUUACCGUUAUGUGUUAUAAUGUUUUAUGCGAUAAAUACGCAACACGCCAAAUGUACGGCUACUGUCCGUCAUGGGCCCUGAGUUGGGAAUACCGGAAAAAGGCAAUACUUGACGAAAUUCGUCAUUACUCGGCGGAUAUAAUAAGUCUACAAGAAAUUGAAACGGAACAAUUUUACAAUUUCUUUCUGCCCGAGUUGAAGGCCGAUGGCUAUGAGGGUAUUUUCUCGCCGAAAUCUCGUGCCAAGACUAUGUCCGAAAUGGAACGUAAAUUUGUGGAUGGGUGCGCCAUUUUCUUCAGAGCUGCAAAAUUCACAUUAAUUAAGGAACAUUUAAUCGAAUUCAAUCAAUUGGCCAUGGCCAACGCUGAGGGCUCUGACAACAUGUUAAAUCGUGUAAUGCCUAAGGACAAUAUUGGUUUGGCAGCACUGCUGAAGGUGAAGGAGAAUGCCUGGGAUCCGAUGACGGAGGUAACCCAAAUUUCUCAACCCUUACUCGUUUGCACUGCACAUAUUCACUGGGAUCCCGAAUUCUGCGAUGUAAAACUCAUUCAAACGAUGAUGUUAAGCAAUGAGCUCAAGACAAUUAUCGACGAGGCAAGUCACAGUUUUAGGCCCGGUCACAAGAAUGACAUGAAUAGCGUACAAUUGUUGCUGUGUGGCGAUUUCAAUUCAUUACCCGAUUCGGGUGUUAUCGAAUUCCUUGGCAAGGGGCGUGUAGCAAUGGAUCAUCAGGACUUCAAGGACAUGGGCUAUAAGUCGUGCCUGCAACGUUUACUCUCGAAUGACACUAGCGAGUUUACGCAUUCCUUUAAGUUGGCAUCCGCCUAUAGUGAGGACAUAAUGCCACACACUAACUAUACGUUUGACUUCAAAGGUAUCAUCGAUUAUAUAUUCUAUACGAAAACGGGUAUGGUACCGCUCGGUUUGUUGGGUCCCAUUUCGAAUGAUUGGUUGCGUGAGAAUAAAGUUGUGGGCUGUCCGCAUCCACACAUACCAUCGGAUCAUUUCCCAUUACUGGUCGAAUUGGAACUUAUGCAUACGGCUGGGCAACAAGCGCCUCCUAAUGGGCUGAUUAAUCGACGGUAGCAAUAAAAUGUUGUUAAUCACAGAAAGUUGCAACAACAGCAACAACAACAACAACAUGCAUUAUUUUAAUGCAGCUGUUGUAAAUAGCAACGGGAGGACGUAAGUUUACCAACUGCUAACCGCCGCGUAUAGACCACAAACAAACAUACAAACAGAAAAAAACUUACAUAAAUAAGUAGAUAACAUCAAAAAAAAAAAAAAUAGAAAUAUUGAAACGUCGACCUUCUACAUACACAUUUAUAGCAGUGCACAUAUACAUAUAAUUGUCAAAAGUGCAGUAAUCCACAGGAAUUAAAAGUCAAACGCAUACUCAUACCACUCACAUACCUACAUGCAUAUAUAACUAAUAUAUGUAUGUAUACAUCGCCUCGUAUACCAAUUUAGAUCAAUAAAACUGUUGUACAUCCUCAAACAAAAACACACAACAAAAAAAAAAAAAACAAAAACAACCAAAGCAACAACGUAUAAAACGCCAACACCGUAACUUUGGAUAUGAUCAUGAAUGAAUUUGUCGAAAGUCAACAACAACAAUGCAAAUAAGAUGAAUAUUUAUAUGUAUGUUUGUGCAUACAUUUUAAGUUUUAAAGCUAAUAAAUACGUAGUACUAUAAUAAACCCUACACCCAUACCACAUUUUCCUCCUCCUCCCCGCCUUCUACUCGUUCAUGAUGGUUUAUGAUCACGUAAAAUUUCCUGAUUGAUUUCCUCAUAAUUUCCUUUUAUUUACAACAAACCAUUUUCA